AUGGCUCAGGUCAACGUUCGCCGCGAUGUCUCCGACCCCUUCUAUCGGUACAAGAUGGAGAGGCUCCAGACCAAGAUCGAAGGCAAGGGUAACGGUAUCAAGACCGUUGUUGUCAACCUGAGCAGCGUUGCCCAGUCCCUUGCCCGCCCUGGUGCCUACCUCAUCAAGUAUUUCGGCUUCGAGCUUGGUGCCCAGACCAACAUUGAUCCUGCCGACGACCGCUGGAUCAUCAACGGUGCACACGACUCGGCCAAGCUUCAGGACUAUCUUGAUGGCUUCAUCAACAAGUUCGUUCUCUGCAAGAAGUGCAAGAACCCUGAGACCGAUGUCCAGAUCAAGGACGGUCGCAUCCUGCUCGACUGCAAGGCUUGCGGUCAGCGCACUGAUGUCGAUCUUCGUCUGAAGCUGAGCGGUUUCAUCCUCAAGAACGUCCCCAAGAAGGGCAAAAAGGACAAGGCUGAGCGCAAGGCCGCUCGCAAGGCUAAGCAGAAUGGCAAUGCCGGCAAAGAAAACGGCAACAGCGGCGACGAGCAAUCCUCAAACGGCUCCGGCAAGGAGAACGGCAGCAAGGAGGCCGACGCCGCUAGUGACGAUGACGCUGUCAUUCGCAAGACCAAGGCCGAGCAGCAGUUUGCCAAUGACGGUGACGACAACGAGGACGUCGAGUGGGCCGUCGACAUGAGCGCCGAGGCGGUUAAGGCCCGUCAGCAGUCUCUGCCUGGCGAGUUCAAGCAGAAGCUUGCCAUCAACGGCGAUGAGGACGACGAGGAAGGCGAAGGCGGUGGAAACACCGUUUACGACCAACUUGGCGAAUGGAUUACGGAGCAAGCUGAGGAGAAGGGCAGCAUUGACAAGGUGGACGACAUCAGCAUCUACGUCAAGGCAAAGGAGCUCGGCAUCGAGAGCAAGCACCGCACCGUUCUUGUGCUGGUCCAGACCCUGUUCAACGAGAACAUUGUUGCGCAGAUUCCCAAGCGCCAGGCCAUGUUGAGCCAGAUUGUUACUUCUGAGCGUCACGAAAAGGCUCUGCUGGGCGGUACCGAGCGUCUCAUCGGCAGCCUCGGCAAGGACCAUCCCGAGAUGUUCGACAAGGUGGUCAAGGUCCUCCAACUUUACUACCUGCACGAUCUGAUCUCUGAGGACGUCGUGACCAAGUGGGGCACCCGGGCCAGCAAGAAGUACGUCGAUCUGGCAACCUCGAAGAAGGUCCGCAAGGCUGCCGAGCCCUUCCUCACUUUCCUCGCGGAGGCCGACUCCGAGGACGAGGAUGACGAGUAG